GCCCUCAUGUCAAGCACAUAUCACAAACACACAUACAAACACAGAUCCUCAUCCUCCAUUCCUCCGGUAUAACCGUCGAUCACACAAAGCAAGGCACGAGUGCGUACGCACGCACACGCACGUACUCCGUUGAGAGCUCGGAAGGCUAAUUGGUGAUGGGGCGCCACAGUAGCAGCGGCAAGCCGGAGGCCGGCGGCGAGCAGUACCGCAAGGAGGAGAAGCAUCACAAGCACAUGGAGAAGCUGGCCAAGCUCGGCGCCGUCGCCGCCGGAGCAUACGCUAGGCACGAGAAGCAUGAGGCGAGGAAGGACCCGGAGCACGCAAGGUCGCACAAGAUCAAGGAGAAGAUCGCCGCCACGGUCGCCGUCGGCAGCGCGGGAUUCGCCAUCCACGAGCACCACAAGAAGAAAGAGGCCAAGAAGAACGCCCGUCAUGCCCACCACCACUGAUACACUCAUGGAUGCAUAUGCACACAUAGACCCUAGCUAGUUAUCUUAUACAGUAUAUCUUAUGUGUACGGCCGGUUACAUUCAUUCAUUUCGUUGUCUUGUUCCAUAGUACUCCCUCCGUAAACUAAUAUAAAAAAGUUUAGAUUACUAUUUUAGUGAUCUAAAUGUUCUUAUAUUAGUUUACAAAGGAAGUACUGUAUUUCUGUUUGAAAUGUUUAUUUGCUUCGAUUCAUGUCAGGCCAAUUCUUUGUCCUGACAUAUUCAUAUAGUAUGUUGGUACAUUCUUGUACAUGUUCUGAUGUUCGGUCACACCUCUUAUAAUCUAUACGC